AUGGCUACACCUCCCAACCAGGGCCCCGCAGGCCCGCAAGCUGGACAACCAAUGCCGGGCCCGAUGCCCGGCCCCGGUGGCCCUAUGCCUCCGCCGCUUCGUCCAGGCCAGCAACCCACCCAGGAGCAAAUCGCGUUCAUGCAGCGCCAACUGGCCGCAGAGGCGCAGAAGCACGGCAUGACCGUGCCGCAGUACGUCGAGCAGCUUAAGGCGCAGGCCAUGCGCCAGCAGCAGAUGAUGCAACAACAGGCCGCUCAGCAGCAAGCUGCCCAGCAGGGCGGCCCGCCUCCGCAGCAAGGACAGCCGCGCCCUAUGCCUCCCGGAGCCCAGCCUGUCCAGCCCGGUCCCCCAACUCCCCAGGCCAUCGCCGUUGCGAACUUCCUCAGAAGCCAGGAUCUGAAGCCUCGCACGUGCAUUUUCAACGAGAAGCGCAAGGACAUGUUUCGAGUCAAGCGCGCUAUUCGUGCUCUCCACUCCGAGGCCUACCAGAAGGCCCGCGCGAAGAACAAUCUGCUCCCGCCUGUUACGGACCGUGCUACUGCCGAAAAUGCGUUCAAGCUACUCCCCCUCUCCCUCCUUGCUCUCCGCGUUACCAAAAUCGACCCGCACGAGGGCCACGCCCAUGGAAAGAAGAAGCGCGUCAAGGGACUCUGGACGGUGAAGGUGGAACAACAGCAGAACGCGGACGACGAUUCUCACUACGUGUGGCUGUAUGAGGGCCCCCAGUGGAAGCAGAAGCUGUACGCUGUCCUUGCUCUGAUUGCCGUCUUUGCUGUUGUGAUGUUCCCUCUGUGGCCGCUCGUUAUGCGUCAAGGCGUCUGGUACCUCAGCAUGGGCAUGCUUGGUCUGAUUGGUCUCUUCUUCGCCAUGGCUAUUUUCCGCCUGAUCUUGUUCUGCAUCACCGUCUUCAUCGUUCCGCCUGGUCUCUGGCUGUAUCCCAAUCUCUUUGAGGAUGUCGGAUUCUUCGACUCGUUCCGGCCCGUGUGGGCUUGGCAGGAGACCGAGGAAGACAAGAAGAAGGCAAAGGAGGCAAAGAAGGCAAAGAAGGCGGAAAGGGUUGAGAAGAAGAAAGCCAAGGAGGCCGCCGCUCACAGCCACAACCACCCUCACAAUCACGCCCAUGCACACGGACCCACUCCAACCACGGCACCUGCACCCGCAGCACCGGCCCAGGAAGAGCCGGCUGCAGCUCCUGAGGCGCCCGUCGACGGUGCCCCUGCCGCAACUGGUGUUGAACAGCCGGCUGGAGAAGUGCGCCAGCGAAUGCAGGCGAGCGUUGAGGAGGCUGACGAGGAGUAG